CAUUGAGUCAACACGGAGGAAAUGCUGUUCACGCUCAUUCACAUUCUCUGAGCUCUACACAAAAGGCGGUAUGAUGUUGUCGCUACCCAAACUGUCCGCCGGAGGGGUGGUGGUCCUGCUUGCAACCCUCCUCCAUACACUAACUGUGCAGGGCGCCUCCGUGCGCCACCAUCGCCUGCGAGGCGGAGACCAGGGUGGCUUCCUUGCUCCCAGCUCCGAUAUGAUCAAAGCUCUGGAGUACAUCGAAAGCUUAAAGCAGAGAGCCGAUGGACCAGAAAGCCCAACCGGGGACUACGACGAAGUAGACAAAUUCCGCUUUCUAGUGCAGCUCGCAUCCCUACAGGACGAGAACACACCCACACAUGAAGACGCCACCCGUUGGCCUGAUAACAAAGUGCCACAGUGGGUUCGGUCCUUGCUGCGGGUGCUGGAUCAGGCUGGAGAGAGUCCAGAAAGUCAGGCGGCUGGUAAUGAGCGGCGCCUACACAAGACCAGACGCCCGGUUGCUGACGGAGAGAGCCCUGCUGGAGACUAUGCUGGCUUCGUGAAGCCCCACAAGAAGUACCCGCUGAUGUUUGAGGAUGAGGAGAACGGCAGGGACAACAAGCGGGCCACUGAGGAUUUGGACGAGCAGUACACCCCUCAAAGCCUCGCCAACAUGCGCUCGAUUUUCGAAGAGCUCGGAAAACUGUCAGCAGCACAGAAGCGGGACGAUGAAGAAGACGGAGAAGACGACGAUGACCUUUACAGGGUCAGAAAUGCGGCGUAUGAGGACGUGACCGGAGGCGAGGAAUGGGUGCCAUUAGAGGAGCAGCUUGAAACAGAAGAGCUUGUUAAAGGAAGCCAUGAAGAAUACAAACGAGCGCUCGGAGACAUCAGCGAGCAAGGCAUGGAGAACAUGGAGCGACGAGGAGAAGAGGAGGACGAAAACCCGGAUGACGAUACCAAGCUUGUGGAUUACUACCUGUUGAAGGUCUUGGAGAUGACAGAUCAAGCACAAAAGCGGGAUCUGAUGGAAGGAAGGAGGAGGCUGCUCUCUCGACCCUCUCUAAUCGAUCCUAGGGCAAUCAAACAACUGCUGUCAGCCAUUUCGAUGAAGCUGCAGGUGCCCCCGGAGGACCUGGUGGGAAUGCUCUUCAUGGAGGAGACCAGAAAACAACAGCAGAGGCUUCCUGAGCCCCAGCUGGCAAGAAACCCUAGUCAACCUCGGUACAAGAGCCGGGUGAUUAAAUAUUACAACGGACGCCAACCUGAAGUUACAGUAAGCGACAUCCCUCAUGAUGUCAAAACCGAGGACAUCCUCAAAGUGCUCGGCUUGGGGAAUCUGGCCAACAAGAAUGCUAAAUUUUCCUUGCUAAAGCAAAGGCCUUACAAAACAGCCAUGACAAAUUACUUCAACCCAAACGGUAGACGAGGAAGCCUGUUCCUCUCAGAGUUAAACAAAGCUCCGAGCAAAAGAAAAGACGACUAUGAUGAUGACGAUGCGGUAGAUGAAGAUGAGGAGUCCACUUUUCUUGCAGCCAAACUUCUGACCGAGUAUCCCGACACCAGUUCCAGCAAUCGCAAGAGAGCCAUUGAUUCUGCAGCAAACGGACAGUUGCCUUAUGAGCUGUACGAGGAGGCCAUGAAAGAUUUCUUUGACCAAGUUGACAAUGGGAAAAGCGCACUCGCCAAAAGAGACACCCAAGGGAAGGAGGAGCCAGAGGGGCCGCAAAAGCCGCCCGCUCAAGAUCCAGCACAGGAGACCGUAGACCAAACUCCACCUGAGUCUGGGACAGAAGACGGCAAAGAGUAUCAUGGUAAAAUAGUUGCAGGGAUGUAAAGAACUUGAGAGCAUAUGUUUUUUUUUUCUCCGUGCUGGUUUUCAGACAAGUCCAGUGUCUUGACAUUUGAAGUCUUUGCCUCAUUGAAGGGAUAGUUCACCCAAAAAUUUAAAUUCUGUCAUCGGUUACUCGUUUCAGACCUUUUCUUCCUUUUAUUCAACACUAAAGAAAGAAGGAUGCCCGUAACCAUUUAUUUUCUGAGUAUUUUAUUUCACAGGUUUUCAUCUUUCUUUAAAAUAUCGUCUUUAAGAGAAUACAGAAACUCAUAUUUCAUGGCAAGUUAAAUUCAUUUUGGGUGAACUAUCGCUUUAAAAACCUAUUAAAACUACUUGUAAGAAGCUCCUACUAGUCAAUCCUACCAAAAAAGGGACUUGUCGAAAUAUGAACAGGGAAAAAAAAACUGCUUUCCUGUGGGACAUGCCUAUAUCUCCUCAAGAAGCUAUUUUAAAAACAAGUAAACAGUUGCUUUAGUUUUCAUGGAAUUCUAUAUGAUGUAAAUAUCUAUGGUAUAUCAAUGUGCGGGAGUUCAAAGUGUAUUUUACCUGUCGUUUAAUGAAUUGGUGGUCCUCGAAAUGUUUUCUUGCUCCUAAUGUUGGUACCAAGAGAAUGUUCCUGUAGUCGUAGGACUCCGCUUGCUGCAAUCUUUACAAGCUAUUUCAUUAUCAGACCAAUACAGAUGGAUGUGAUUCUCAUUUAUAAAUCAUUUUGUACGUGUUCUGAAGUGUGAGAAGAGAAACAUGAAUAAAGCAUUAUCGUAUUA